GCAGUUGGACUUUUAAAGCUGGAGAUAAAACUGUCGCUCUGUUUUUAACUGUGCGUAAAGUAAGAGUUGCGUAAAUCUUCUCCAUCUUCAACAUGUCCAGCAGUCUUUGGGUGAAAACCGAGGAGGACCUGAACCUUGAUCCGGGCUAUGUGACUGGGGAACCCUGCCCGUCCCUCAGCCUGUCCUCCUCCGGCAGGUCGAGGCAGUCUCAGCCGCACACGGGGACUCCUCACCGGGGUGCCUGGUGGCAGCCUGCCGGGGAUUCUCUGUACAGCAGAAACGGCAGCUGGGACACGGUGAGCACGCUGCCGGAGGAUGCGGGGGACAUCCUGGUCAGGUGUCCCUGCCUGCCCGACCUGGAGGACUAUCCCUGGACCGAGCACGAGCUGCGGGAAGUCGUGCGUAGGGUCACCGAUUCGGACGCCGCGUUCACCGCGGACGCCGCCCGCAGGCUGUCCGGUCUGCUCCGGAGGGCUUUGGUUCGAAUCUCCCGGGAGGCGCAGCGGCUGAGUGAGCUCCACAGGCGGUGCACGCGCCUGGAGGUCCAGAGCGCGGCGAGGCUCGUGCUCAGCUGGAGCCUGGCCGAGAAGUGCAUCUCCUCCGCGGUGAAGGCGGUGUCCCUGCACUGCAUGAGCUCCGGGGACACCGCUCGGCAGCUGGGCAAGUCCGCGCGCUGCGGGUUGACGCUGUCCGUGGGUCGCUUCUUCAGGUGGAUGGUGGAAACACGCGUGUCGGUGCGCGUGCACGAGUACGCCGCCGUGUGCUUGGCAGCCUGUGUGGAGACUUUGAUUGAGGAGGUGGUCGGACGGGCGAUGCACGCGGCGAGGCUGGCCGCGGAGGAGGGAGCGGAGGUGACCCCGGAGCUGCUGGAGGGAGUCGUCGACAACGACGCCGAGCUGUGGGGACUGCUGCAGGUCUACGAGCAUCUGAUUUGUGGCAAAAAUGCCAAUGGUGAGCUGUCGCUGCCGGCCCACGUCCGCCCGUACACGAAGGUCCCCGAGGACCCCCUGGAGAGCCGGGAGGACGCCUACGUCCAGCUGGAGCUGCAGACUCUGGAGCAGGCUCUACUCGCCACCCGCGUGGGCAGCAUCGCAGAGCUGAGUGAUCUGGUUACCCGGGCGAUGCACCACAUGCAGCGUCUGGUCAGAUCCAGUCCGUCUGUCAGCCCCCCCCGCUCAGCCAAUCAGCCGCCAGUAUCCUGGGCCGCAGACGCCAUGCGGACCCUCUACUACUUCCUGUCCAGCCCACACAUGGAGUCACUGGAAAACCCAAAUCUGGAGCCCUCCACCAUGACACUGAGCAGAGAGAGGCCGUUCCUGCUCCUCCCCCCGCUCUCAGAGUGGAUCCGAGUCGCCGUGGUGCACGCUGAGUAUCGCCGCAGCCUAUUGGUGGACAGCGAUGAUGUCAGACAGGCGGUCCGGCAGCUCCUCCCGGGACUGGACUGUGAGCCCAGACAGCUGAAUCCCGAGUGCUGUUUCCAGUCAUUUAAGGGCUUGGAUGCAGAAGCUGCUUCCGUCAAGUUCCAGCUGGAUCUGGGCUUCAGGAUGCUCUCAAGUGGCCGAGCAGAUCUGGUCCAGCAGGCCACACAGCUUCUGGGAUCCAAGGGGGUUAACACCAUGGACGACCAGGGAAUGACUCCCCUGAUGUACGCGUCUGCAGCAGGAAAUGAAGCUCUGGUGCAGAUGCUCGUCGAGGCCGGAGCAGACCUGGACCUGCAGGUCCCAGGAUGCUCUGCCAGACACCCGUCGGUUCACCCCAGCAGUCGGCGCUGGGUGGCUCUGACGUUCUCGGUGCUGCACGGUCACCUGUCUGUGGCUCAGCUGCUGUUGGAGGCCGGAGCAGAUGUGGAGGGAGGAGCCCUGAUGGACGCUCCGCAGAGCUCCGCUGAGACGCCGCUCCAGCUGGCUGCUGCUGCAGGUUACUACGAGAUGGUGAGCUUGCUCCUCACCCAUGGAGCAGACCCUCUGCUCAGAGUGCAUCAUGGGAACUCCCUGACAUCGCCGCUGUAUGAGGACAUGAACUGCUUCAGCUACGCAGCAGCACACGGACACAGCCGUGCUCGGCGCUGUAGUAGGCCGCCUGCUGCAGGGCCUUCAUCCUGGCUUUACACAGCCGGGGAACAGGGCUCGGGGAGCCGGGACCUGGAGCUCCCUGGUCCUCCUCCUCCUCCUCCUCCUCCUCUUCGUCCUCCACUCCUUCGGCCAGGAUCUCCUCCAGAGACAGGAUGUCCUCCUUCCCGUGCUGCGGCUGCAGCAGCCUCCGCAGGACGUUCCUGUGGACGAGAGAGAGGACCGGACUACGUGGUAACCAAGCGGCUGGCGUCCGUGUUGUCUCACUGCUACGGCGGCGCUCCCGUCCCGGCCGUCCCGCCCGUGGACGUCAGUCUGUCCACGCAGCUGGACGUCCACUUCCUGAACAACCGCGAGAUGUCGGACGUGACGUUCGUGGUGGACGGGCGUCCGUUCUUCGCCCACCGCGUGCUGCUGAUGUCCGCGUCCCAACGGUUUUGUCAGAUGCUCUGCGACUCCCCCGACAACAUCAUCCACGUCAGUCACGUGACCUACAGCACCUUCCAGAUGAUGAUGAAGUCUCUGUACUGCGGAGGGACGGAGGGACUCGCCGUCUCGCACGCUGAAGCCCUGAAGCUGCUGCCGGCGGCCGCUUCCUUCCAGCUCCGAGGUCUGCAGCGGUGCUGUGAGAGGAAGCUGUCUCUGAGUCUGAGUCUGGACAACGCCGUCGGCCUCUACCACACCGCCAAGGUACAGACACACUGCCGCCGUUACCGGGGAGGUCAAACCGACAGAAGGAGAGCUGUUUCGUUUAGUCACCAACACGACGAGUUAAGAGUAGAAAAGAAGAUUGUGGGUUAG